AUGCCUGUGUGUGUGUUCCCGAAUUGUGACAGCGGCUCUCGUAAAAAAGGAAUACAGAGUAAUCCUAACGUACAUUUACAUAGGUUUCCAAAAAAUGAGGAUAUUAGAAAUAAGUGGUUAAUGCAAAUUGGUUCUAAUAUUGAUGGAAAAUGCAUUAAUUUAAAUAGUGUCCAGGAUGGACUAAGGUAUCAGACCUACGUCGACGACAUUUGUCUCGGAGCCGACACCGAGGAACUAUUAUCAAAGCUGCAGUCGGAGUUAAAAGCUGUUUUGGGACGUUCCGCACUUGAGCUGAAAAAGUGGUCGAGCAAUUCGCGCCGCGUACUCUUGGACGUUGCGGCAGCUGAUCGCGUUUCAGACGUGAUCAACUUCGACGAUAAAGAAGGAGGUACGACCAAGGUGUUAGGUCUCCGCUGGGAGCCAGUCAAGGACGUUUUUGGUUUUGAUGUACGUCCGGUCACCAAGGUGAUCACUAAACGAUCGGUGUUGUCCACUAUUGCCACAAUCUUUGACCCGAUCGGAUUCCUGGCUCCGGUGAUCUUUCAUGCAAAACACAUUAUGCAGCUGAACUGGGAUGGGAUGAUCCGUUACCAGACGACCUAA